CAUAAAAAUAUUGCAUAAAAUAUAAUUUAAUAAUACUAUACAAUACAAUACAGUGUAAUAUAACGUAUCAAAUGAACUCUAAAUAAAACUAACAAUGCGUGGCUCGGCAAGAUCCAUCUAAUAUAUAGAUAUAAUAAUUAUAUUGAGAAAUGUGGGUAGUUUUAGUUAAGGAUUAUUUUCAUAAAUUUUCAGAAAUAACAAAAAAUAAAAUGAUUACAAAAAUAUGAGUUGUUAUUUUAGAUUUGACCUUUUAUCUUAAAACAAAAAUAUGAGUUGUUAUUUCUUUACAUUAUUUUUACAAAAUGGUAAUUUAAAAAAAGAAAUCUGUAUAUUUUAGGCUGAAAAUCUCUUAUUAGAAAAAAAGGUGGGUGUGAUUGUAUUCUUUUAAGCCCAGUUAUAUACGUAGGUGGGUGGGUUUCAUUUUGGGCUCUGCUCUUUCUCCAAUCCAAUCGCUGUAUCAGCCUUUUCGGUUUUCUUCGGUUUAUCAACCUCGGAGAGGACAAGACAAAUGUCGUUUCACUUCUAACAGUUAUUCUACUCAAAACAGUUAUUCAAAAGUCCCUUCUCUCUUUCCAUCAUCACUAAGGUAUGUACAGUAUUUUAGUUUUAUAUUUUUCUCUGUGUUAUUCGAACAAUCACAGAGGUUUUAGUGUUACUUCUUCGAAAAUAUACUUGUUACUCCUCUACCAUCAAAGCUGCUCUCUUCAACUCCAACCAUUCCUGCUACUUUUAUAAGGCUGCCCACUUUCACUUCACUCCUGUCUUAGACCGUCGACCACGCAAUUAUUGGGAAACUUGCAGAUCAUUGAUGGAGUUGCUGUCCUAUCACGAUCUUCUACUUCUUUGCCAAAUUGGAUUUUGUUCCAAUCAGAUUUAGAGUAACCGUUUACUUUAAUCAUGGUAAUGCGAGACCUCUCUACUGAUACAUAUUCAUGUUUCGAUUUUGAACUUGGGAUCACUGCUACUCACUCUUCAAUGUUGCCAAGAAUCCAUGUCGUUUUCUUAUUGUUCCUUUUGGUUCUACUGAAUUCCAUACAUUGUCAACCACAAGAGUUGCCGAAGUACUCGAAGGAUUCUUCUUUGUUUUCAGCUGAAGCAGUGUCAAGAAAAUUUGCACGUAGACUUUCGAAACCUCUAAUUGGAAAUGAUGGGAGGAUUUAUAUUUGUUCUGAGAAAGAUUUGUUUGCAUUUGAGAGUAAUGGUUCUAAUGCAUGGACAAUUCGUUUGAAUUACACAUGUUAUGCUGAUAUGGCUCCAGUUUAUGGUGGAAAUGAAAAGAUAUAUGUGGCUGCAGAGAAUAGAGUUGUAGAAAUUAACUUGUUAAAGAUUGGAACUUCUGAACCAAAUGCAGAAGUUGUCCUAAGUUUUCAACCAGCAGAUAGAGAAGGAAAAGGUGAGAUUAUUGGAUUCUCAGUUAGCACAUUGAGUUCCUCUAUGUUUGUCAACAUUAGGGGUCAGGGACUCUUUGCAUACUCUACACUUAGACAACUUUUGUGGAGUGCCGGACCUGUGCUCAAUCAAUUUGGCUACCGCCAAGGAUGUAAGAAAAAUGUCACAGAAUGUUAUUUCAACUCUGUCCCAGUGAUUGAUCGAUGUGAGGCUAGUAUUUAUAUUUCAAAUACAGAGGGAGAACUGUAUUCACUGUCUACUAAGAGUCCUCACUUUAUGUGGAUACAUGACUUGAGUUUGUUUGGCAAAGUUUUUACUGUCACUCCUGGAAACAAUGGUCGGGUAUAUGUUGUUGUGCCAGACAAGUCUAUUCUGCUUACACUUGAUGUUUACACUGGAAACUUGCUAUGGCAGGGAAGUAUAGGGCCUUUAAGUUCAGUAAACUCUGCACCAGUUGUUGAUACUAAUGGUUGGGUAUCCAUUGGUUCAUUGGACGGCUUCCUAUAUUCAUUUUCGCCAAAUGGGGCGCUUAAAAAAUUUUCUAAGUCAACUGCAGCAAAUUCUGUUAUCCAAGUGAGUCCAGUUCUUGAUUGUUCUGGCUAUGCAUUAUAUUUUUCUCAAACUGAAAUGGAGGGAAAGACUAGCCGCACAAUAGGUGAUUACACUUAUGUCUCAGCAAUGAAACCAAGGAGUGUGGUCUUCACCCUAUAUGUCCCAGAAACUGGAUCCAUCUACUGGUCUGAAAGAUAUCCUGGUGACUUUUCACCUCCAUUGGCUAAGACUGACUUGGACCGUUAUGUGCUGGAUGAAAGGAUUCUGCUUGCAUUUUUUGCUGCUUCAAAGACUGGAAAUCCAUUGGCAUGUCGUUCCAGACAUCAGAAGCUUAUUUCUACUUGCUCCCAAGCUAGACCCAAGCUUCUCAGGCUUUACACAGGGAAUGAAAGGGCAAUAUUUUUGUUUCUACUAUUUGAGUCCUUUAUCUUGAUAUUUCUAGCUGGACUAGCACGAUUUUGCUGCAUAUUUUGGAGGAAAAAGAAACUCCAAAGCCAACACCUUGGACGCUUUCUUGACAAAAGGCGCUCUCUCCAACUCAAGAAGAAGUCAUUUGACAGAAGCAUUACAGAGCUCCAAACCAAAGCUGCAGAAGAGGCAGUGGCUAAUAAUAAUAAUAACAAUGAAGUGCAUGAAAAGUUAGAUGAUUUGGUUAGGGAAAGGGAAGGAAUAGAGAGGAAGCUUUCGACAACAUAUAGUUUGGGGAGAGACAAAAACAGUUCAUGGUCAAACUCAAACUCAAAGUCUCUACUUCCACUAUAUGAUUAUGGAAAAACAAGGAGCUCAUCUUUUGAAGGGUCAAAGAAAGAGAGAGUUACAAUGUUUCAAACAUUGAGUGAUACAACAUCUCCAUCAACAACAGAUGGCAGUGAUGGUGAAGAUGAAGAAACCAGCUCGGAUUUGCAUGAAGAUGAGUACAUCGAAAACAUGACAAAGGGAAAGGGAAAAGUACUAGUUGAUGAAAAUGAAAGCUCAAGUGAUGAAGAUGAAGAUGGUGAGGAUGGGGUUUUGGAGAGAGAGUUAUGGAGAAGUCCUUCAGAGCCAGCCUCAAGCUCAUUAGUUUGGAAUAAAAACGGUAGUGGAAGCUUGUCAUUGAAGCGGAGAAAAGCAUUGUCAUCAACCAAUUAGGGACUUUACUUAAUUGACGUAUCUUUGUUUGAAAUUAGAAUGUAUUUGUAAUAGUGUUUAGAAGAAACCAAAGGAUUAAUUAGUACAAUUUCUUUUAAAAUUAUAAACCCAAAAAAUUACUUUACCUAACUAUACACAGAAAAUGACAAAAAAAAAGGUCAACGUUAGUUGUGAUUAUGUAAGGGGUAAUAUUAGAAAUAUGUAAUUCUUUGAAAUGGGAUUUGUUAAUUGUGAAUAAUUAGUUAUACCGAAUGUCUCUGUUAUUUUUUUUGAAACAAAGAUUGCAC